AGUUUUGGUGAAAAAUAACAGUGGUUCUUUUGCGUCUAUUUGACCUGGAGCACUGAGGAGCGGGUCAUGGGGAAAAUCUGGAUGGAAAUCAUCCCAGACUAUUCCUGGAUUGGCAGGUUUUUGGAUAAGAGAGGAAAUGAUUUCUUUUGCGAGGUAGACAGAGCCUACAUACGAGACCAAACUAACUUGAAAGGACUCCGAAAACAAGUUCCUCACUACCGGCAAGCUUUAGAAAGGAUUCUGAGUAAACCAGAAGAUGAUGAUUCUGAUGAAAAUGAUUCUGAGAGUUCCGAAGAAGACGGUCCAAUUGAAGAGGCAGCUCAGUUGUUAUACGGUUUAAUCCAUGCUAGGUUCAUCUUGACAAAAAAGGGAAUGCGUGAAAUGAUUUACAAAUCCAAUAAGGGAUAUUUUAACACAUGCCCACGGCUGUACUGUGAAAAACAAGCCAUGCUUCCAAUCGGCUUGUCGGACGUCCCUGGAGAGGCCAUGGUGAAGUUGUACUGCCCUAAAUGUCAGAAGGUGUACACCCCCAAAUCCUCCCGGCACCACCACACUGACGGCGCUUACUUCGGGACGGGCUUCCCCCACAUGUUGUUUAUGGUUCACCCAGAGUACAGACCCAAACAUCCCCCCAAUCAGUUUGUACCAAGGUUAUUUGGUUUCAAGAUUCACCCUUCAGCAUACAAUGUACAGAAAAGAGCAUCAGAAAGUGAAAGUGAUUCUUCCGACGAAGGAGAUAAAGAGAGUAACAGCAGGGAACGCAAAAAAGAACUCAGCUCAGAAGAGGAAAAUAAUCACCAUAGUGGAAAAAGAGAAAGAGGACUUUCCUUACAAGUUGAAAAUGUUCAUGGCAGUGGAAAAUGCAAAAAGGACCUUUUAAACAAAGAGGAAAAUAGUCAUCUCAGUGGAAUUCACAAAAAAGGAAAACGCAAAAAAGAACUUUCUUCAGAGGAAGAAAAUGAUAAUCACAGUGGAAAACGCAGAAAAGACCUUUCUUCAGAAGAGGAGAAAUAUUAUCAGAAAAGUGAGAAUAUAAUGGCUUGGAUGAAUGACCCAGCUGAUUAGAUAGAAUAUGAUAUAACACAUAAAAAAUAUUCUCAGAAGUGGAAAUGGUGGUGAUGGACAUUCAUAGAGUCAUUAAGCCAUGUAUCACAGUAUAUGUCACUACCAAACAGAAUCCUCAAGUCCAGAUGUAGUUUUUAAAGAGCCAAGCAAUAAAUUGUUUUUGGCUCACCUGAGCGGAAGGCUCAAGUGAGCUUUUCUGAUCGAAUUUUGUCCGUCGUCCGUCCGUCCGUAAACUUUUCACAUUUUCAACUUCUUCUCAAGAACCAACAGGCCAAUUUUAACCAAACUUGGUACAAAGCAUCCUUAGGUAAAGGGAAGUUUAAAUUGUUAAAAUGAAGGGCCAAGUCCCCUUACAAGGGGAGAUAAUCAAGAAAAUACAAAAAUAGGGUGGGAUCAUUAAAAAAUCUUCUUCUCAAGAACCACAGGGCCAGGAAAGCUGAAACUUAUGUAAAAGGAUCCUUGGGUAGUGUAGAUAUUAAAUUGUAAAAAUCAUGACCCCCUUGGAUAGGGCGGGGCCACAAUAGGGAAUCCAAGUUUUACAUAGAAAUAUAUAGAACAAAUCUUUAAAAAUCUUCUUCUCAAGAACCACUGGGCCAGGAAAGCUGAAAAAUAUGUGGAAGCAUCUUUGGGUAGAGUAGAUAUUAAAUUGUUAAAAUCUUGACCCCUGGGGUAGGGCGGGGCCACAAUAGGGAAUCCAAGUUUUACAUAGAUAUACACUGUAUUUAGGAAAAAUCUUUUAAGAAUCUUCUUCUCAAAAACCACUGGGCCAGGAAAGCUGAAACUUAUGUGAAAGCAUCCUGGGGUAGUGUAAAUUCUAAAGUAUUAAAAUCAUGAAAGGGGAGGAUG